GACAAUAAUCAUAACAAUUAUAAUAAGAAUACCAACAACUAUAAGAAGGUGGAUCUUGAAAUAACUUCAAUAGAAACUAUCAAGCCAAUAUCUCCAACCCCACAUCAUCUAAGAAACUUCAACUUAUCAAUUAUUGACCAAUAUUAUUAUGAUUGUUACACCCCUUUGAGCUUAUUCUUCCCUAAAAACAAUAAGUUUAGCGCGGACGACAUUGUAAAGCAUCUCAAGAAGACUUUAUCCGAGAUUCUAACUCCAUUUUAUCCUCUGGCCGGAGAAAUCAAGGACAACUUACGCAUUGAGUGUAACGACAAAGGAGUCUACUUCAUUGAGGCUCAAGUCAACCAGAGUCUCAACGAAUUUUUACUUAGCCCCGAUGAUGAAAAUGUGAGAGAGUUAACUCCUAGUAGCCCCAGCUCUUUAGAAUCCUCAAUAGGGAAUUAUUUGAUAGGUGUACAGGUGAACGUCUUCAGUUGUGGCGGGAUUGGGCUUUCCGUGAGCAUAACACACAAGAUCCUUGAUGGCCAUACAUAUUUUUUGUUUAUAAAAGCAUGGGCUGCAGCCGCGAGAGGUUCACCAGAAACAGAGUUACCUAGUUUUGUGGCAUCUGAGGUGUUUCCCAAUAAUCCAUCCUUAAACUGUUCUUGGCCUUCCAAGUUCACCAAUACCGAAUCAAUCACAACCAAAAGAUUUUAUUUUAAUUCUAUGGCUGUGGAAUCGCUCAAGUCCCAACCGGUUGCUUACACAAGCCCAUUGAUCACACAAAACAAAGGUCCAAGUCGCAUGGAAGCCACAACGGCCCUCAUUUGGAAGGCUGCUGCCAAAACAUCAUCCACCAUUAGACCCUGCGGUCCGCAGUCACCUUAUGCUUUGUUGUCCUAUGUGAAUAUACGUAAAAGGGCUUCACCUCCUUUACCUUACAAGUCCAUAGGAAACCUUAUUCUUACACCCAUUGGGCUUUGUUAUCCAGAGAGCAGCCAGAAACUAGACUUGCCAACGCUAAUGGGCGAAAUUAGAGCCUCAAUAGAAAAAAUUAACUCAAAUCAUAUAGAGUCCCUAAAAGGUGAAAAUGGGCAUGAGGCAUUUGACGGUAUAUUGAGGAGGUUAAAAGAUCUGACGGACGUGACAUUGGGAGGAGAUCGUUGCCUAUUCGUUACUAGCUUGCUAAAUAGUGGAAUAUACAAUGUGGAUUUUGGAUGGGGAAAGCCCAUAUGGUUCUAUGAUAUGAAUGCAGGAUUUUCAAGAAUUGUUGCUUUGAAUGAUACAUCAAAGGGUGAUGGAAGUGUUGAAGCUACAAUCACAUUGAAAUCAGAUGAAAUGGAGAUAUUUGAGCGGGAUCCUGAGCUUCUGUCUUAUGCCGCUGUCAACCCUAGUCCUCUUCAAUUUCUUGACAAUUGAACUACAUAAAUAUGUAUUUACAUAUACGCGUGUCAUUGUGAUGCUCAUUGCUCGAUGCGACUUGGUGGUUAUAUGUAAUAUAAAUAGUAGCUCUCAAUGUACCUUAUUUCACGCG